CUAAAUUAAAUAAAGUUUUGCAAGGCAUUAAAUCUAGUAUUGAUUCCUUCCAAAUCUGUUUGACAUACAAACCCACAAAGGCAUCAAAAAUGAUUCAGAAUUCUAGAGGUAGGAUCAGGGAUUGCAAAAGGCAGAAGACAGACACUAACAAUGGGUUGCACUCUGUUAAUGAUGAGUCAGUAGUUGCUGGUGCUGAAUGUUCAAAUCAAUCCAAUAUUGAGGCAAAUGCUGCUGCUGUGAUGCCUUCUAAUGGUUUGCAAGCUUGUGACACUUCUGAGUGCCUUGGAUUCUCCAUAGAGAAGGUUGUCUUUUCUUUUUCACCUUUUUCUCCCUUAUGCAAAAUGUCACCAUCUGAACUAUCCUCUCAAGAGUCAGCAUUGUCAUUGCAGAAUUUGUGGUUCUUGAUCUCUUAUUUUUUAUCCUAAUUGGAAGGCAAUGUUUAUGAUAAAUAAGAACUGUUAAUCCAUGUCUUUUUGAAAAUGGCAGAUUCUUUGCAUUUGAUUACUAAUUUGUUUUUGUUGUGCUUAAUUUUAUGGAAUUUGUUAUUUCGCUUUCAAAAUUUUGCCUUUUUAGGUCAAUAAACCUUGCCACUUGUUGGAUUGUUAUCUAUUUAGAUUUAAGCCUUUUUUAGACAUCUUUUUCUAUUUGUUUUUGGAUUUGAAACUUGUAUUAUUUGCUUAUUUACUUGGUUUUUUCAUAUAUAUUUUGUUUUGAGAAUUAGAAUUGAGAUUAUUUGAUGAGUUUUCAAGGUAAAAAAUAUAAUAUAUUUAUGUUAAAAAGUUGUGGAAAAUGGUCAAAAGAGCAAAAAAUAAUGUUGAAGACUUGAAGUGUUGAACACUGGAACUCUGGAAGUGUAUGCUGCCCGCCUAUGGCUUGCCCCUCUCAUCAGAUUCUCCCUUGUUGUUUGGACCAACUGGUUCACCGGUUCAACUAAUUGAACCGGUUGAAUCGGGAACCAAACCUAAAAAUGGUUCAAUGACCGGUUUGGUUUUAAAAACCUUGCUAGAACUAGUGGCCAAUUUGUUACCACAAUGCAACUACAAGCACAAGUAGAGCAGAGGAAGAAAGCAAGAGGAGGAAAAAGAAGCAAUCGGUAGGCAGAAUGAUCUGCUAUCUAAAAUGACAAGUAACCUAAGAGAAAAAAGAGGUGGUACUGACUCUAAUCAACCAAAAUGAGUAUGCUUUUGUUGAUGAACUAAAUGCUGCAGAAAGUUUUCUAAUGCUUGCUUCGUUUUCAAAAUGUAGACAUGGUGUUUCUUGCAACUUAUUAACAUGUGCUAGUUUGUGUUAUGGGGUUUUUUUUUUUUUUUUAGCUCAAAUGUUAGUUGGCAGGUAGUAUUUUGCA